AUGCCCAAAAUCACGCGACAAUCUCAUAACCACCUCCGAUACACAGCAAAUCCUCUCGCAAUGCCGGCUAGCAUCUCCACCACCACGUCGCAAAUGGCAUACUACAACGGGAGGAGUAACAGUAAUAUGGCUGCAGCUACUUCAUAUUACGAGCCAUUGUCAGCAACACAUACACAGCCUCCCAUGGCGCUUCCUUCUUUCGACCCCUACGCUGUCGCACCGCCGCCACCGCCGCCCAUCACCAUCCCUGCAAACAACUUCAGUCAUGGGCUGCCAACCCCUUCCCACCCGCACAGAGCCUCUUCCGGAGCAUGGAGCGCUGAGGAGGACCAAACUCUCAUUACCGCUCGCGCGCAGGGGCUGAACUGGUCCAGUAUCCAGUCCACUCAUUUUCCCUCCAAGACCUCCAACGCGUGCCGCAAACGCCAUGAGCGCCUUAUGGAGCGCAGGGGCGCCGAUGAUUGGGAUGCGCGCAAGUUGGAGCGCCUGGCUCAGGAGUACAUGAAGGUUCGCAAGGAAAUUUGGCAGCCACUUGCCCGAAUCACUGGCGAAAAGUGGAAUGUGGUUGAACAAAAGAUCAUGGCCAACGGCAUCAAAAACCUGCAGUCAGCUGCUCGUCAUGCGGCUCGACGUGAGCGCGCCGAUGGCGGUCACUCAAACACGGCAUAUGAUGAUGAUAGCGGAGUGUCGGGCAUGACCCCGAUCGACGAGCAGGAACUCCAUUAUUCCUCGCCUUCGUCCGCAGGCAUCAGUGCCGGUGGCAGCGCUGGGGGCAGUGCAUACGGUGCAGUGACAGCUGCGAUGCACCACCCCAACACGACGGCAUAUGCCAAUCACAGUGGCUACUAUGUUGGUCCUAGCCAACACCAACACCACCACGGAUACAGCAACUCGGUGUCAAGUACCCACACGGCUGGUUAUGCUCAAAACCACGCAGAAGACAGCCACAGCCCCAGCCCAUACCUUGGGCACGGCCAGAGGUUACCCAGCGUUGAGAUGGGCAUUGGCUCCCUUAUUCAUCGGGGUUCCGGAUCCGGACACCACGGCGUCUAA